UGCUAUUUCUUUCUCUUCUUUUUUCACAAGAUAAAAGCAAAGUUUAAUUCAGGUCACAACUGCCUUAGUACAAUGAUGGCUAUGUGCGAAUGCCGAAAAAAAGUCGACCUCAAAAGACCACCGAUCUACAAUGACUCCAAAUACCAAGAAUCAAGACAAUUUAUGGUCGUGGGACCUCAGCCCUAACUUUAUUUAUCUUGAAGAGCGCCACAGCAUGCGCCUAGACCGACUGAUGAAAUCAACUCUUGAUAGAACAAAAACCAUUACGAGAACUAACGAGGACGAGGCUGAUCCAGAUUAUUCAUGUCUUAGAUUUGUUCAUGUCUCAUCAUUCAUCCCAAUUUUCAUGCUUAUACCCAUCAUAUCUCCGUCAUCCAAUUGUUUUAUUCCUGCAAUUGAAUUGAGUACAUGAAUUCCAGGAGCAUUCAAUUCUGGCUGAUCAAGCAUGCCCGCGUUUUGUUCAUUGC